AUGGAGAUUAUAGGAACAAAUAUGAAAUUUUCUUUAAUCUACUUUAAUGCUCAUCCCAAAGUUGGUGAAUCCUGCAUGCAGCUUUAUGGAAUGCUCUUUAUAAUUUUGAGUCUUUUCUCUCUUAAGUCUUGAUCUUCUGGAAUUAAAGCGACAUUAAAAUUUCAAGCGACUGAGCCUAAAUCUUUGUUUUUUUCCUUCAUAUCAUAA